AUGGAUGUCGCGUUAAAUGAGGAAGCUAUAUACCCACAGGCCCUCCUAAAGUGUCACACAGUAAUCCAUGUAAAGGUACAAACAACUUCCAUGUAUACACCAUUCCGUAGAAUAGCAACGUUCACAGAUGCUGAAGUUGUGGUAACACAGCGUGAUCAGGAUUCGAUUUGCGAUAAAGAUGGUUUCACGCAGUGGAUUGUACUAAUGAUGUUUGGUGGUCCACCGGAAGGCGCUGAAGUAACCUGGAACAAUCAACGACUGCCUCAUCAAAUUUUGGAUGACGACAGUAGGGAGAUAAGUCCAGUUGUCGGUCAUACAAUGAUUCAAUAUAAAAAAUCAUUGAUUGUAUGGGGUGGUUACCAUCAUGCGGAGGACAACGAUUUUCGUUAUCGCUCUUCCACAUUUCUGUACAUAUUACCUGCUGGUUUGCUGACCGGUUGUAACGAUGUGAAGUGGAUACUUUAUCAUGUUCCACACGGUGACGUCCCUCCAUCAACUAGUGGUGCCUGUGCUGUAUUAUGUGACUGUUAUAUUUUUAUUUUUGGAGGCUACGUCCGACGUUCUACUCCUAAUAAUAUCCUGGAAGGUCAUUCAUCGGCGAUGUAUGUUUUGGAUUUAGUACAAGAACGAUGGUCACUGAUUGUUACUGACGAUGACAGCCUCAUACCAACACCUCGAGAUAAAAUGGCUGGGUGGUGUUACAAGACAAAAUGUUACUACUUUGGUGGAUACGGACCACGCCCUUUCGAUAUGCCAAAUCCGGCGCAGUAUUUGAGAGAUGUGGGAGAAUUUGUUGCUGACGAAACCAGCCCCUUCUCCUGGAAUAAUCAGUUACUGAUUUUUGAUCCUGACCCAAGAAAACAGUUGAACUGGACUCUUGCAAAAGUCGGAGGAACAGUGCCUUCAGCCCGUGCGGCAUCUGCAUGCACGUUUCUCGAGAGAUUUGAUGGUAUUCUGCUUUUCGGUGGACGAAACAAAAAUCAGCGACUGAAUGAUUUGUACCUGCUUGAUUUGUCAUCCCUUAUCUGGACGCAAAUUGACGUGACAGGAAUAAAUGAGCCAGAAGGUAGAACAUGGUGUUCACUCAAUACACUACAUUCAAAUCAAGCUUUGGUUUACGGUGGGUAUUCUAACGGAGGUCAGGCACUCUCUGAUUUUUGGAAAGUGGAAGUGAAAAAAGAUCGUAGUGGGCGUUGUGUGGGGACGUGGACUGCAGUAGAUAUUGGACACGAAACGAAAUUUCGCAGAUUGUGGCAUACAGGGGCUGUUGUUGAAGGACAAUUGUUUGUGUGUGGUGGAACAGACGCGUUGGAAGAGCAUAUCAAAAUUAGAAGUGUUCUGAAAAAACGGAUGGAACCACUUUCGUUGUUGACGAUUUGCUUAGGUGUUUUAUAUCCAAUAGCCAAUGAAGUCAGUGUGUUACCCAUUCCUUUACAGCUGCAUUUUGCAUGGGCUCGUUACGUUUUAUCUCGAGGUUAUCAGGCACUGCACAUGGAUACGGAAUACUUCAAACGAUACAAACUGUUGACGAUACUCGAAACGUGCUAAUAAGGACUCCUCAUCUAUUAUUUUUACAAAAUAUUAAUUUCCCUUUAAUAAUGCAUCAAGGUUUUGUUCGAAAAGAUACUUUUGUACAGAAGAGGCAUAAACGGGUAGUAGUGAUUUUCCUUUUGAACCUUCGGUUAUAAACCAUUAAUAUAACUCUGCAGUAUUUUGUACGAUUCAC